GAUGUGCUAACCUAUACGUCGGAGCAACGUUCGGCGCGAAUUGUCGUGAACAAUCGUCGGAACGUCAGUCUGUCGCGCGUCGUGCCCGCCGAUCGGUGAUCAGCCAGAAGGACGAGAAUCAGAUCGACUCUCGCAUCGCUCGCAGCUUUGCGCUCGCCGCAACGUUCCACGCCGUGAAUCGCGACCGACGACGCGAGCCGACGAACCGAGUCGUCGUGCGCGAGCGUCUCACCGCGCGCAACUGUCAUCGGACGUCAUCCUUGGAAGUGAACCGAGCGCACCCGCGCAGAACGGAUCUCGACAGGGUCUCUUUCGUCCGGGACGUUUCGCUGAUGUCUCGCAGUCAACUCGUAAAUGUAUUCUGUUCAUCUCGUACACUUGGCGGACGUGUCGCCUUUUAGGCCUGAGUUAUAUUUCUCAUAUUUCCGCUCGAAUGAAAACAACUAUUGUGACACAUGGACAAGAUACUGUUACUAGAUGGUAAAAUCUAAAGAAUCGGACUGUGCCAAGUCCAAGAAUAAGACCAGUGUCUCAGAGAAAGGAGCACAACAGUAUCCAUCACGGCUUUUACAGAGAUGGUUGGGUUGGCGGGCGGGGGAGGUCAUUUGUAUCCCUCGCCCCCCAUGCAGCCUAAUCCAGAGUUAAGAGAAAUGACCGGGAUUGCACCGAGUGCACCAACCAGUGCCGAUGCCUGUUUGAGCAUUGUGCAUUCAUUGAUGUGCCAUCGUCAAGGUGGUGAGAGUGAAGGCUUCAGCAAACGAGCAAUUGAAUCUUUGGUGAAAAAACUUAAAGAGAAACGUGAUGAGCUGGACAGUUUGAUCACCGCGAUCACCACUAAUGGCGCACAUCCCAGCAAGUGCGUCACCAUCCAGAGAACUCUGGAUGGCAGGCUGCAGGUUGCAGGACGCAAAGGGUUUCCGCAUGUGAUCUAUGCUCGCAUCUGGAGAUGGCCCGACUUGCACAAGAACGAGCUGAAACAUGUGAAGUAUUGCCAGUUCGCUUUCGACUUAAAGUGCGACUCGGUCUGCGUGAAUCCAUAUCACUACGAGCGGGUGGUAUCGCCUGGCAUAGACCUGUCCGGGCUGACGCUGCAAUCCGGAGUGGGCGUUGGACCUGGUGGUAGACUGGUCAAAGAUGAGUACACGGUCGGCGGUGGCGGCACUGCUGCCGCGGCUGCAGCCGCUGCGGUCGGGUCUGCGAUGGACGUGGAUGGCGAGAUGAACCAGACCAUCCAGCAUCAUCCCUCAGCACAGCCUGCCGCUUCGAACAACGCUCAACAAGCUCAGCAAAGCUUCAUAUCGGGUUUACCUCCACCUAAUUCAACCAGUACUGAGGGUAUGUUUAGCGCCGGUGGGGGCGGCAAUAAUGGUAAUCCCCACACUAAACUGGACGACAAUAAUUGCCCCAGGCAAACCUGGAUUCCCACGCCUCAUCACUCGGCAGGCCGUAAUUUACACCAUCCGGUAGUACAUCCAAUGAGUCACACCGUAGGUAGCCAACAACAGUCACUGAAUACGUCCAGCGGCACGUCCGGCGCACAGAUUAUGAAUCCCGCGCAAGGACAAUCGACCGACACGUUCUACGGAACUACGACGCCGCCGCAGGAUAUCAACCAAUCCCCCACAGUCGACGCGCUAGCCGCUUCUCUAGGCGAAGGCCAGAGUUCUCCCGUGUCACCUGUGCAUCUUCAUCACGCCAAUGGUUUCCCCGUGGGCACCGCUCCCUAUAAUUCCGGAGCACCGCAAUGGACCGGCGCCAAUACUCUCACAUAUACUCAAAGCAUGCAACCACCGGACCACCGACACCUUCACACAACGUCGUACUGUAAGUUCAUCUCAUAUUUAAAGGAACAAAA